AUGGAAAACUUUACUCCUCAAUCGCUCUCUACAAAGAACGAUGCAUCGUUUAUAGCUUUUCCUGGUGAUUCUACCCAAUCUAGCACCACGGAUCAAAGGAUGGCUUACAUGCAAAGCCUUGUUAUUGAACUCAGCAAUCCGGAUCUUAGAGAAAAUGCUCUCUAUGUGCUCUCCAAGAGCACCAAGUUAUUUGAGGGACUUGGACCUUUAUUAUGGAAUACUGUUGGUACUAUUGCAGUAUUUUUACAGGAAAUAAUUUCAAUAUAUCCUACUCUUUCACCACCGAAUCUCUCCCCCUCACAAUCAACUCGAGUGUGCCAUGUUCUUGCAUUACUUCAGUGUGUGGCAUCUCAUCCUGAUACAAGGAUCUCAUUUCUCAAUGCUAAUAUGCCUUUAUAUUUAUAUCCAUUUCUUAAAACGACAAGCAAGUUAGCACAUUUUGAGAAAUUGAGGGUUGCUAGUCUUGGAGUCAUUGGUGGCUCGAUGAAGGUUAACACCAAAGAAGCCAUAGGUUUCUAUCUCUCAAGUGAGAUAAUUUCACUAUGCUUGUCAAAUAUGCAAAACGGCAAUGAAUUGACAAAAAUUGUUGCAACAUUUAUAAUUCUGAAAAUUAUAUUAGACGAUGAUGGUUUGGCUCGUGUUUGUGCUACAACAGAGAAUUUUUUUGGAGUAUGUCGAGUUUUGAACAUGAUGUUGGAAGAUCUUGAGAAUCCACCCUCACCUCGUUUGUUGAGGCUUUUGAUUUCAUGUUAUUCUCGUUUAUCUCAAAAUUACAGGGCUAGAGUUGCAUUAACAACUUAUCUUCCAAACAGGCUCAAAGAUGCCAAUCUCAUCAAUUUUUUUCGUGAUGAUCCAAAAACUAUGAGGUUGGUAUUGGAGUUACAUGAGAAUGUUGGGGUGAAUUGA